AUGGCUGUCGGCCCAACUCUUGGAACGGGGUUGUUCAUAGGCGCUGGCCAAGCCCUAGCUAUCGGCGGCCCAGCUUCGCUGCUCAUCUCCUAUGUAUUCCUAUCACUCCUAACCUAUCUCAUGGCCACAACUGUCGCCGAGGUCGCCAUUUAUUCACCUUCUCGACAUGGCUCAAUGGUUGCCAAUGGCUUUCGAUAUCUCCCAUCCAGUCUUGGCCUCGCCACUGCUACCCUUCGUUGGUAUAGCCUGGCUCUUCUCGUCCCUUAUGAAACUACGACCGCGAUGGUAAACCUCGGCCUAUGGAAGCCUGGCUCGACAGUCGCGAUCCGAUUGUUCAUCAUCACUAGCGUCAUUGUCGGCUUCAAUUUUCUUCCUGAGCGCACCUUUCGCGGCACUGAACAACUCUUCACCAGAAUCAAAAUCGGCACAAUGAUUUGUCUCCUUGUACUGUCUUUGUCAAUCGGCAUGGGAGGUGCCACCGGUCAUGAUAAAUGGGGAUUUCAGUACUGGAGAAAGCCAGGUGCUAUGAAUGAAUACCUAGCUCGAGGCUCACUGGGAAAGCUUUUCGGCCUACUGCAAUGCCUCCUGCACAGCUCGGCUGCUUUCACUUUCGCACCAGAACUGAUCGUCCAUCGAGCCGAAACUCCAGUCUCGGCCAGUGACAUGGAAAUCGGGGGUUCAGCGGACCCGAACAUUCGAUCUGUGCUUCCCAGAACGGUCGUCUACGAUGUUGUGACCACCGCAUUUCCUUAUAUACUGAGUUCUUUGGCCAUGGGUGUGAUGGCCCCCUACAAUGAGCCUCUGUUGAGCAACAACAAAGCUGGCGGUGGUCUCUCUCCGUUUGUCAUCGGGAUCAAUACCGCGAAGAUACGCAUUCUUCCAGUAACAGCAACCGUCGCGAUUUUCCUUUCCUCGGUGGCCUCUGGUCGGUCAUUCUUGCAUUACUCCACGCGCACGCUAGUAGCGUUGUCUGAGCUCGGCCACGCCCCCAAGACGUUCAGUACCCGAAAUCAAUGGGGUGUACCUUAUGUGGCGACUAUAGUCACUGCACUGUUUACCUUGCUCGCCUUCAUGUCCGUCGCGAUCUCGAGCUCCACGGUGUUGACAUACUUCCUCGUCUUUGUCAACAGCUGCGGGUACCUUUCCUGGAUGGUAUCUUGCGUGACCUACCGUCGUUUUCGUCACCACCUUCAUAAACGGGGACAGAGUGACACCUAUCGCUUUUCUGUUCAACCCAUGGGAACAUACAUAGGCUUCAUGCUGAGCGCCAUAAUGCUGCUCGCCAACGGGCUAGUUGGAGGCCCAGCAGGCCCUCAGCCUGGGUCAAGAGCGUCGAGACUUGUGGCCGCCUAUUUUAGUAUUCCAGCAUUUGGAGCCAUCUAUUUGGGCCAUCGAUUUCAAACCAUGGUCCCGUAUCGGUCUAAGGCCAAAGAGGUGCCCAUCGACAAGGAUGCGCCGGAGGGUCCCACGGGUGCGUUCCACAUACAGCAGGGGCAGCCUGCCACAACACCUGAAACUAUCGAGCUGGAGCAGGUGUGGUCGAUAGCAGUAGAGGCUUGA